ACCACAGCCACAACCACAGCCACAACCACAACUGCGCCGGUUCCGACUCGAGUUUCGCUGGAGACCACACCAGCACGCACGCCGAUGGUCAGACCGACUCCUCCGUCCGCGCCAACAUCGAUUGGAAUCGCAGCUGGUGCACACAGCCCAUCAACCCCAACCAAGGCAGCACCAUCUAGCUUUAAUUUAAUGCACCCAUCGCCUCUCAACCACGUCAGUAUCUCUGGAGCCAACGCACGCCCGACAGCGCCGCCCGUUAACAGGCACAACAUCCAUACCAGUACAUCUGCAUCAGCAAGCAUUGCUCGCCACGGAGUCGCUCCCGUUCAGCAGCUCAAUCCGACACCGCGCCCACAAGGGUCCGUUAUGAGUGCAUAUCCUCAGUAUACACACCAGGGGGCGGUCUCAACGCCAACAAAGCGGCCGUUCGACUCUGUAGAUAUCAACGAUCCACAUGGUCGCUUCUCUUCGAAACCCAAAAUCGAGCGCAAGUUUCCCGGACCGGCGGGUGCACUUCCGAAGUUGAGCGACAACGAGAAAAACAUCAUGUUCAAGUCACGGUCUCCGGUCAAGGCCCCAACACCUGACGGCAAGAAAGUAGUCGACUUGAUACGCAACGGGCUGUCACGGAACUCGUCGUUCGGGCUCAGCCGGUUGGCAUUUUCGACUGGACCAGAGCAGGGCUACGACGAAGAUUUCGAGAUGGAGUCGUGGCGGGCGAUGCUGCAAGGAAGACCGGGCUACGAUGUGAGACGAGAUGGAAUUGCCACUCUGGGACAGAGGCCAGCCGGACGCGUCGAUCGGCUGAUCGUGCUGAUCAAAGAAGUCAAGCAGAGCGAAGCAGAGACUGGAGUGACGGUCAAGGACCCGUUCGGCGAAGUACAAGGCACGAUUGACAAGUCGGCAUUGGAUCUGUACCGCGACAACUUUGCGGUUGGAGUUGCACUGGAGCUACAGCAGGUACCGCUCUUCAAGCCGUCGAGUCGCUCGGUGCAUCUCAUCAUCAGACAGGAGAACCUCGUGUGCUUUCGCCUGCCAAACGGAGUGGCAUUGCACACUCAGUAGCAGACGAUGCGUGGUGGCAUGCAAAAGAUCCUAUCUUGUCAUCAACACGAUGACACUGGCCUUGGGCGCAGGCAUCCUUUGUCCCGGCCUGCGUUCAUCCAGGGUUCUACACGGAGCGCUGGACAGUGAGGAUGCGAUCGGAGAGCAGAGCGGGAGCAGGCACAAAGGUGACUGUAGUCGCCGCAAGGCAAAAUGCACCUAGUGAGUACACAUGAAAUGCAUGCGG